AUGCAAUCGGGAGAAGGCUCAACCACUAUAGAGUCGACUCUCCAGGAAGUGCUAUCCGGGGGAGGCGCAACUGCCGUCGCCUCGGCUCAAAACGAGGUGUUACCCGGGGGAGGUGCAACCAGUAUUGAGGCAGCUCAAAACGAGGUGCUACACGGGGGAGGCGCAACCAAUACUGUGGCAACUGAAAAGGAUGUGCAAUCGGGGAAAGGCCCAACCACUAAUGAGGCGACUCAAAAGGAGGUGCUAUCGGGGGGAGGCGCAACCAUUUCCGAGCCAACUCAAAAGGAGGUGCUAUCUGGGGGAGGCUUGACGGCAGAAGCAGAGGAGGGAACGCCGGAGCUCCAGAUUCCCCUGCAACCGCGAGCCGUCGUGUUCACAGCGUCACCUUCCUCCGUGUUUAUGUACCGAAAGCCGGAUAGAAUAGACGAAGGGCUGUACCUGGGAAGCCUCAACUCUGCCUCAAACAGAGAAGCGCUGCUGGAGCUGGGCAUCAAGAGUGUUGUGACUGUAGCGAAUGACACGGGCGCGCCUCCGUUCCCCGACACCUUCUCAUACACGCUGGUGCACGUGGCGGAUGCCAUGCACGUGGAUCUAACUACUCACUUUGAAGGGUGCUUUGAAGCCAUUGAAGAGGGCAGGAGGGCUGGAGGCGUGCUGGUGCACUGUCUAGCAGGCAUGUCACGGAGUGCAACGAUAGUGAUUGCAUAUAUGAUGAAGACCAAGGGGUGGGACCUGCGAACAGCUCUAUCCCACGUGCGGCAGUGCCGACCAAUAGUGCAGCCCAACAUUGGGUUUUUGCGGCAAUUACAGGAAUAUGAAGUGGGAGCGGCGAGGGGAGAGGCGAGUGAGAUGCGCGGGGAGAUGGGCGCGCUGAAGGCGGAACUUGCGCGGAUGAGGGUUGCGGCGGAGCGGCAGGCGGCGGAGGUGGCGUACGUGAAGGCGACGGCGGCGCACUCGGAUGCGCGCAUCAACGACGUCGAGCUGGCGCUCGCGGCGCUGAAGGACGGCCGCGCGGAGAAGAACCGCGACGAGCGCAAGGAGGGCAGCGCGGGGGAGCAUGCGAGGGCGGAGAGGCGCGAGGAAAAGAGGCGGAAGAGGGACGACGCGGAGGCGGGGAAGGAGGUGGAGAUGGCGGACGCUCCUUCCGUUGUGCGCCCUCUUAUUGCCCUUGGUGGUGCGCCUGAAGGAAAGGGGGAUGCGGCGGAAAGGGAGGGAGACGAGCUGGAGGAGGAAAAUGAUGAAGAGGAGGAAAAUUAUGAGGAGGAAAAUAAUGAGGAGGAUGAGGUGCAGGGACUGAGGACGCGAGUGGAAGCGCUAGAAGAAACGUGCGCUGGAGGAAACAAGAUAUGGGAGGUGAGUGCACUUUCUGAGGCGCCUUAA